AUUUGUUUUCUGUUUUUUUCUUUUAAAAAAAGAUUUGUUUUUAAAAAACGAAUGUGUUUAAUAAUUAAUCAAUUUUUUGGUCCAUUAAAUAAGAAAUUUGUUCUUAAAAUUAUAUAAAAAAUAAAAAUAAAAAUAACGAAGAAGUUAAAAAAAAAAACAAUUUGCUGUUAAAAAACAGAAAAAUAUGAUUUUUGUUUUUGUUUUUCGUUUUUUUAAAUUAUAAUAAUUUUAUUAUUAUUGUUUUUCUUAAACAGAACGUCAUGUCGUUUGUUAUUCGCCGAUUGCUAUUCGUCGUUCACCACAAAACAACGAUACCGCUUACUAACAGUUCAGGCAGUUGCUUCACGAAGUUUCUCCGGUGAGACAUCAAGGGUCGUCUUCCGAUUUUCCGGCGUCCUUUUCUGGCAGUCUCGCCGCCGCAACUGAGUUGACAGCUUUCACUAUUAUCGUUUGAAGCAAAUAUCGAGCGACUGAAAAUUGAGCUGUAGCAACAGAUCAUCAAAUGUUGGCGGACGCAACAAAUUGGGACGAAGCUGCCUACAGAGAGAGUAUAUAUAAAGAAAGAGAGAUUCAAACUCGUACUGUGUUCAGAACUGCCUGGGCGCCUUCUUUAAAUGGCUGCCCUGAGACCAUUGUAGCUGCAUCCAGUGAUGGAUCCGUUGCCUCUUAUUCUAUUGCUUCUUGCAUCUCUAAGCUGCAAUUUGGUUAUGGAAAUACUAAAAGUUUGUUAGCAGCAGAGCCUCAUUGCUUCCUUCAAGGGCACGAUGGGCCCACAUAUGAUGUCAAAUUUUAUGACAAUGGCGACAAUACUCUAUUACUGAGCUGUGGGGAUGAUGGUCACAUUCGAGGAUGGAGGUGGAGAGAUUGUACAGAUAUAGAAGUGCCCAUUUAUUUGCAAGGUAGUCAUAUUGAGCCUGUAAUGGACCUGAUGAAUCCUCAAUUCAAAGGUCCUUGGGGUGCUCUUUCUCCAAUCCCCGAAAAUAAUGCAAUUGCUACUGAUGCCCAGAGUGGAUCCAUUUUCUCUGCUGCUGGAGAUUCUUGUGCGUAUUGUUGGGAUUUGGAGAGCGGUAAAGUAAAGAUGGUGUUUAAGGGGCACUCUGACUACUUGCACUGUAUUGUUGCUCGAAACACUGUCAAUCAAAUCAUAACUGGUUCAGAAGAUGGUACAGCACGAAUAUGGGAUUGCAAGAGUGGAAAGUGCAUUCAACUAAUUGACCCUGCUAAGGAUAAGAAGCUGAAAGGGCAUUUCUCAUUUGUUAGAUGCAUUGCUCUUGAUGCAAGUGAAAGCUGGUUGGCCUGUGCUGAUGGUCGGAGUUUAUCUGUUUGGAACCUUCCGUCUUCUGAAUUCAUUUCAAAAACUUUGACCCGUUCUUCAUUGCAGGAUAUGGUUUUUUGUGAUAAUCAAAUAUUAGGUGUUGGAGCAGAGCCAUUCCUAACUCGCUUCGACAUAAAUGGAUCAGUGCUUUCACAAAUACAAUGCGCCCCUCAGUCAGCUUUUUCUGUUGCAUUGCAUCCAUCUGGCGUUGCAGCAGUUGGAGGGUACGGUGGUCUCAUCGAUGUUAUCUCGCAGUUUGGAAGUCACUUAUGCACAUUCUGCUGUCAAUACAGAUAAGAAGAGAUAUAACAUUGCUUUACUACAGCAGUUGAGGAUGUUGGAAAUUGGAAGGUGUUGUAUUUUGCUUCUCAAGGAGUUCCAAUCCAAAAACUUUUUUCUUGUUGUAUGUAGAUUGCACAUAAUUAACCACUUUAGUUUGUCAGUUUUGAUGUUCCUAGAGUAUAUGAACACUUCCAUUCCAAUAUAGUCAUGGCACUUGUAUGGAGAAAGAUUAGACUAAGUUUUAGGAAAAUUAUUUUAAAUGAUAAAAUUUCUAAAAUAUUUAGAAAUAUAGCAAAA